UGUCAUUUAAAUUUCACAUGUUUUCAGUAUUACGCACUAUGUUAAGUAUAAUUUUGGUUAAUUUAUUAAAAAUCAAAAAAAAUCUGCCAAUCGAAUGUGAAAAUAUAUUAAAGUUAUAAAAGCUCAGCGCCGACUCUUCAAAAUGGCGAUGUUUGAUAAGCAUUUGAGAAACAUUACGAAUGCGAUUUCAGUAGAAGUAGAGACUAGAAGUUAUUUGGAAAAAGAUUUCGAAUUGAUACGAAUUUAUCUAAUGAGCAUAUUGCAAAACGAUCCAAUAAUAGGUCCUAUGCUCAUAGAAAAUUCGAAAUAUCAAGCCAGUAAUUUCAAUUGUUCGAUAGUACUGGAUUUUUCUCGUUUCAUGCCUCUUGGUGUCGUUCAAACACCAUACCCAUCCUUUAUUAAAAUUGCCCAGCGUGGACGCAACAGAAUAAUUGGCAUACAUGAUUUACCAUUUCUUGGUAAUGGUGGAAAUAUUGCCGGCGGCAAUGUAACGCAUAUGGUAAAAGGUUUAAUUGCACAAGGCUUAGAUUUUAGUGGAUAUUUUGUGCGUGGUCAUAUGGGCGAUAUUUACGAAUUGGAAUUGAUGGAUGAAACAAAAAACUUGAAGCACAGUUAUAUUGACUGUGAUAAUGAAUGGCAAAAUAACUACAUUAUACUAAAUGCCACCACUGAAGAAAUUACAAUGAAAAUACGUUUCCGUGUAUUACUAAAAAUUUGUGCCAGCAACAAACCCGCAAUGCCACAUCCAACGCAUUAUUUAAAAAUGGUUUGGUUAGCUGCAGCAGACGUUCAGUAUAUGGAAUACUUUUCAUUGUGUGCGCCCUCAACUGAACGCGAAUUGGCAUCAUCUCCGUCGUAUUUGCUUGCAAUGCGAUUAUUAGUUUCACUGAUAAAACGCAGUAAACUACACACAUUAAAGAAAAGUCACGUGGAAUCGAUUAGCUAUGAGUCGAUUUAUUCGAAAGAAAAGGCAGGAUCAGAUAAAUCUAAGGAGACUGUGAUUGAUGUUCUAAUUGCUAUUUUACAACGUAUGAUAGAGUAUCUCGGCAAGAAUCGGUUUCCAUAUUAUUGGAACACUAAUGAGAAUCUGGUACUUCUAUUAAAAAAUUAUGCAAAUAGAUUAUAUACGUGCAAUCGUUUGACGAAUUUGUUGGAGCAUAUACGUGAAAUGCGACAAAACCAAGAAGUAUCCUAUGAAGAAAUUGAAUUAUUCUUCGGUGUACAGGUAAAUUCGCAUUUAUACAAUGUCGACGAUUUCGGAAUUUACAGAAGUUUCAUCAAACAUUCAUAAAUGACU